AUGACUUCUUCGUUGAUCGCCAAGCCAUUUCAGUAUGAUGGCUUACCGGAUGUGACCAUCAAAGGUCUGAGCACGGCGCUUCGAACUCUUCCCCUCUUUGAUACAAACAAAGCCUACUUGAGAAUCACUGAACAGCCUGAUCAGUUCUCUUUUAUGAUCAAUGGAACGACUGGAGCUUCCGCAACCCUCCGUGAUCCCGAUACAAGCAAUCUACAGACUUUGACCGGUAUUGAAGCUGUACAAUCUCUGGCUGACUCCACUAGGGCUAUCGGAAUCGCGGACAUUCGAUAUGAUCCAAAUGGUAUCAGACAGUGUGUUUCUCUGCACGAGGCUGAGAAAUAUCGUCGAGAUGCUCUUACACGUGUCACUUUUCUCUUGUAUGCUGAUCACGUCAGUGAACAUCUGGAGAAAUGCAAAAUACCACCGCUUCGUAGUCUCUUUCGCUAUGGAGGUUUCCCCAAAGCCUUUAUUGAAUCACUUUCCAGUGAAGACUCGAUCGCUGAUAUGACUGAGCACAUGGGCCUUGGUGAGGCUACCUGGAUAGAAGCCUCCCUGUUCCUUGUGCAGUAUUUCAGCCAACCAGAACGACCACAGAUUUUGUCAAGUGACGAUAUAUGGAAGAGCCCCGUGGGAGAUAUUGCAUUGAGAUGCAUUCAGCAAGCUAGUGGAUCACCCUUGGCAGGCCGCGUUGCACUUGGUGCAAUGAGAGCUCUGCCAAUGGGCAUUUUCGACAACGCCGCAUUUCGACCACCAGAGCGCGAAGAGGUUCUGGGUCUCUUGGAGAAUAUGCCUUUCCACCCCGAGUCUGGUACGAAGACAGAAGAGAUCCUCAAUCAGAUCCAGAAUCUUGGAGGUGCAGAGGGAUGGCAAUCCCAUAACCACCAGCUUACAGUACUCUGGGAGAAACAGCAGCAGAUUGUUUCAGAAGAAGCAGAGAACCUCGCGCGCAGUGUUGAUACAGUCCCACAGCAUAUGAUUUCCUUGCAAGAUAUGGCGGCAUACCCCUUGCUGCACUUUGUACCGUUGAGAGUAGAGGCAAUUGCUAUCAUCCACUACUUGAAGAAUUGCGCAUCCGCCAACUUUAUUGUGCAGAGGCCGGGGCCAUGGACUCAGUAUAGAUAUCAACCCCCUUCAAACAAUGGGUCAGGCACAUGUUUUGUCGCUGGAACCAAGAUCAUCACAAAAGCUGGAAACAAGCCUAUCGAAGGUCUCGAAGAAAACGACUGGGUAUUGACUAACGGAGCAAAGGACGAAUGGGGCCUCGUGUCUGACGAAAGAGUUGUCAUCCCAGUGGACUCGCCUAUCAUAUACGGGUUCAAUAAUGAAUCUCCGUUUUUCACCGCUGGUCAUGUCUUUCACACCACUACUGGCCUCCGAGCCCUCGAUGCAGAGCUCGCCAUGAAGGAAAAUCCUUGGGCAGAAGUCGGUCGGCUUUCAGCUGGUCAUAUUCUAUACCGCCUGGGAAAGGAUGGGAAGACAUACGACCUAGUACCCAUUCUUGACAUCAACUGGCGCCGGAUGCCCGAGGUCACCGAGGUUUACGGUGUACAUCUUCGUGAGGGCCGGCGAAGCUACCAUGCUAAUGACUACCUUGUCAUGGUCAACUAUCCAGAGAUUACACUCAAAAGAAUUUGUUCUACAAUUGCGACGUUCUCACAGGAGGAUCAAGUACGACUUCUGCAAUCAUUGAAAGAACUAAAUCCUCUCUUCGAACGAUUCGGAAUUGCAACAGUCUCCGAGAUGGUUCAGCGCGAAGUCGAUGCAGCAAAGAAUAGCUUGACUGCGCGGAUGUACAAGGUCACUGAGAACAAGCUGGCCGGUCUUUCGCAUGCAUCGGUAUGUUUCUAUCCAGAAGAGAUACCUAGUCAGGACUACUCCCAGCUUCCACACAAGCUCCCUGUUGUAACUCUAUUCGACGGAGUCAUUUCAGUAAAUGGAGUCAUUUGUGAGUAUGGCCGUGUGGAUAAUGCCAGCAGUGAAGUAAGAUGGUCGCGCUUUAUCGGCCAGAAUGUGGUUGAGCAUGGAGUCUUAUCCAUAGAAGACCCACGCUAUCAUUCAGGCAUUGGUCGGAUUUGCUACAGCACGGACUACGACGGAGAUAAUCUUCUGGACCUCCCAGUGUUUCAGUAUCUGACUUAUGGCUCUGAGUGUGAGCUCCAGAUGGACACCCUCAGUGUCGGUGUUACAAAACAAGAACUGCUUUUCAAAGCAGCAUCUUUUGAGCCUAUUCAACUUAAUACAGACGGGCCCAUAGAAGAUUUAAAUGAUGAGUUAGCGUUCAAGUCCAUCAGUACGGAAGAGGAAAAGAUAGCAGCAGUCGAUGAGAUCAUAACAUCAGAAGUGCGCGCCGAGACAGUGACCAGAAGCUCUGCCCCCCGGACCGAUAUCCGCUUCGAAGUAAAGCCACGGGAAUUUGAUGUUGUCUACGACGAAGCACCUCUACAAAAGGACCAAGUACAAAUUCAGAGACAACUCGACUUCGGACCUAUACAACUGACGACUCAGCGAGUGAUCUCAGAUGGAACUCCAGGAAUUCUGUUCACUGAUAUCGCAAUCCCUAGCCUGGAUACCAUUUUGGACUUAUGGAAUCACAAACAGAGUGAUGAGACCUUGAAGAUCUCGCGGCUGUAUGAGACGGCGGUCGUGAUGCAUAACGGGCGACUAAAAGCCACUGUCACAAUCCUACCAACAACCUUAGAGAGCUUGAAGAGUUUGGAGGAUAGGAAAGACGCUGAGGAUCCUUCGAAAACUCUAACUUUCAAGGAUGAGCUUGGAGAGGAGGCUAAACUGCCUUUGCUGUUUGCUAGGCUCGAGUUAAACUUUUCAGACGACAAGAGUGAGAUUGUGUCUGGAACAUUGUGGGAAUAUAAUCAAGAUCCUUCAAGAGAGGGAGCUGAAGGUAUCAGACACCUGAUAAUGUCACGCCCGGGCUCUGCCUCACAGAGAGUGCCGAUUAGAAUAGGUCAAGGCCAGAUCGUUGGAGAUAUACCUACUGGAGACCAGACGAUCCCUCAGAAAGAGCCAAUAUUUCAGCCACCGGUUGGCAAAAGCGAUUUGGCGAUGCAGGACCUUCACGCCAUAUUCGCAAAAUACAACGAUGACACGGCAAGUAAUUCCCCAGGGGAUGUGAAGUCAACAAGCGAUCAAAUAUUCCAGAACCUCAUGUUCUACCAUAUGGAUCAGGGCCAUGCCUCAUUACUGUCUUCUAAGGACAAGGAAACUCGACAAUUACCCGACCAUCUCGGCAGCAAUCUCCCAUCAGACUUAUCCAAGUGGAUAAAGGAGACCUUUGGCCCUGCCUAUACCUGCCUUCAGAUUGCCCAGAGUCUGCAAACUCGAGAAUGGCGGUCGAACUUCACAGACGAUGAGAAAAAGAAGAUUCUGUACUUCUGGCAGGGACAAGGUCCAAAAUGCCUUGCUAGAAGUAGAGAGAACGCGACUCUUAAUCGUCUGUGCCUCCUAGAAGCCUUGAAACAACUCUUUCCAGUCCUGCGAAAGUUCAUCAAUGACGGCGGGGAGAAGUGGGCACAAGCAUACUUAGAUCAGCUCCUUAACGUCAAGAUGGACGAUAUUGUGGAGGACAUGGAAGGUAAUCCACGAAUCCUAGACAGGUAUACGACGAUCUUGUGGGUGCUAUAUCCGGAAGGAAACUAUCAUGAGCGUUUCCGAGAUGCUAUAUACAACAAGUUCCUCGGUUUCGCCAUGACCCAGCGGGUUAACAAGGACGCAGUGAUGGAAUGGCUGCCACACAUCACCAAAACCUUCAUCGACGCAAUCCUGAACGAGAAUUACGAGGUAAUCGAUAAAGAUUUGAGAGACCUGUUGAGAAAGGAGCUGGAUACCUUCAUGGCUGCCCAUCGAGACAUUUUUGAAAAGAACGGGAAAGAAUUUGCAGCCAAGAACUACGCUGACAUGGUUCACAUCCUCGUUUCCGGAGAUUUGGCAGCAAAAUCACUCAUGAUUAUCGGAGUGGGCUCAUGGAAGCGUGUGAGGUUUGCAAACUGGGACCACAUGAAGGGGCAGAGCCUCUUGGAGGUAAACUUAAAGUCUGGAUGGAAAGGCCUCGGGCUAGCAUUCAAGAUGAGCUUACUCGGAUUCAGCAUCUAUAACAUUGUCAUGGGAGGAAAAGACAUGAGCGCGGCGCAGAUAGGACGAGUCACGACGGACGUAACAAAGGGUGUCUUCGAUAUCCUCACACCAUUCCUCCUGCGACCAGAAGCUAGGAAUGCAAGGGAGCUCGUGGCCCAGUGCCAGGUGAUAAACCAGUCAACUGGCAGAAAGCUGCCCGCCUAUGCCCUUGGAAAGACCAACGCUACAGAGCUUAAAUUCGACGUUUAUGAUGCUAAUCUCGAGGAUCUGGCCAAAGUAGGAAAUGAGAAAGCAGCAAGAGAGACAACGUGGUAUGGAAGAAUGAGAAGAAGGCUCUCACUUUCAUCAAAAGUCAUACGCUGGCUUGGCAUUGCUAUAGGAGUAGUAGUUGUCGCGUUCAUGAUAUGGGAUCUUUGCAACCAAUGGGAUCAUCUCUCGGGCACUGGCAGAGGUUUAGCGAUUGCACAGAUCGCUAUUGAGACGGCUGCCGUUAUCGUUGGAAUUAUUGGCUUGUUCUCUACUUGUGCCUUGAUCCCUGUCAUUGGACAAGUGCUCAUGGUGGUUGGCCUUGUUAUCUCGGUUUUCUACUUGGUGUACGGAAGACCGGAACCAGAGAAGACGCCCGGGGAGAAGUUCGUCGACAGUAUGAGAGGAGACAGUGGCUGGCUCAAGAAGAUCGAUGAUCCUCCUUCGACUACUCUCGAGUAUACCAUCACACCAACCGAGAUACCGAAGGACGCAGAUUUCUCGUUCAAAAUCACCGGCAAGAACACCAAGAGUUCGGGUGUUGAGUUCAUCUCUACACCUAAUACCGAGAAACCCCCAUCCGACACUGAAAUUCUCUCUAUCAAGUUUGGCUUUACGACGGGGUCUGACACCGUCUGCCUGUUCAGUAACGAGUCUUUCAGCACCGCUCCGGAUGCUAAAGACGGAAAAUGCUCCUAUAGUGGUCCAGGUGAUAUUUUCCAGACGAAGCUACACGAGCCGAAUGGUAAGGUUGGUGGGGUGACCUCUUACGAGUACGAGUUGCAACCACUGCCACAGAAAGAUGCGACUUCAACUUCCAAGCGUAUCUUGCCUAGUGAAGAUUCAUUUUCUAUCACUGUUUCCGGGAAGACAAGGUCAUCAGACAAGGAGUUUACCUUGAAACUCGUGGAAGAGCGCCCGGGGCCUAUUUGUGCUAUCAAGGUCCAAACAUUCACGAGGAAGAAGUAG